UGUGUCCGGUAAAAUUUAUUUAUGUUUUCCGAUGGGAACAUGGUUAUUCCAAGAAGAGUCUGUGAACCCUAUGUGGAAAAUACGAUAUACGGGCCUGUCAAGUGGCAAUCAAACCUAGCCUGUAAUUUUCCGUCCUUCCGGGCUCUCUAUAUAUACAUGUAGUUUAUCGCACUUUUUGAAGCUACCAUAUGAACUCUUCUCUGAAACCGAUUCAGCAUGCUGUUUUCCAAUCUAUCUCGUAGAGCUCUGCUCGCUCUCACCUCUACUAUCUUUAUACCAAAAGCUUUGGCGGCUGCCAACAAUCUAACUCUCGUCCCCGAUUUUGGCUACAAUCCCUCAAAUGUUACAAUGUAUCUCUAUGUUCCAAAUAAACUUGCACCCAACCCACCGGUAUUCGUUAAUCCACAUUGGUGCCACGGUACGGCUCAGGCUGCGUUCUCAGGCACCCAAUUCGCAACACUAGCAGACACUUACGGCUACAUAAUGAUUUUCCCUAAUUCUCCUAAUUCGGCGGAUCAAUGUUGGGAUGUCUCAUCCGAUGCAACACUUACUCACAAUGGCGGAGGAGAUUCUUUGGCCAUUGUAAAUAUGGUCAAAUAUGUCCUCGCUACCUACAAAGCCGAUCCUAAUCGCGUCUUUUCCAUGGGCACAUCCUCGGGAGCAAUGAUGACCAAUGUACUUCUAGGCGUCUAUCCUGAUAUCUUCGCCGCUGGGUCUGCAUGGGCAGGUGUCGCUUUAGGAUGCUUCGCAGCCAAUUCCAGUGCCGUAGAUCUCUGGUCGAAUGACUGUGCAACAGGCCAAAUCAUCAAGACAGGCUCGCAAUGGAAGAGCAUCGUCCAAGCUGCAUAUCCUGGCUACAAAGGAUUCAGACCUAAGAUGUGGGUCUUACAUGGCACAGAUGAUACGACACUUUAUCCUCAGAAUCUUCAGGAGGAAAUCAAGGAGUGGACCACCGUGCUGGCUCAGUCUACUUCUCCUCUGUCAACGAGAUUGAACUGGCCGGAUGCAAAUUGGACAACUUGGAAUUAUGGACCGAAAUUUAGGGCUACAAGCGCGUCAGGUGUAACGCAUAACAUUCCUACGAAUGAAAGUGUUGUUAUUGAUUAUUUCGAUUUGAAAUGUCAGGGCCAUUCAUGCUACUCAAGAUUGAAGGCCUGAAUCGCGGUGAGAAUGUAAGUCUAGUUUUUAGAGAUCUAGAUUGUGACGGAAAGAGGCAAUGUGUCGAUGGCAGUUAUUGCAGUAAGAAUAAAUUUAUUAGCAUGUUUACAGAUUUCUAGGAAAUGACCGAGGGGAGAAGAAGUCUGUGUAAGUACGGUCAUGCGACUAGCCUCAUGUGAAGCCGUACUACUAGCGAAUUCUAAUGUUUUCCUUUAACAUAAAUAGGACUCUCUUCUCAUAGUGUAUUUAGCAAGAAUGAAUAAUAUACCGUACCAUACUUAGUGCUAUGU